UAAAAAUGGAUGGAGAUAGAGGGUUCGAAGAAAGCAGACAGCUUUCUCAAAACUCAGAGAAUUUCAACUACGACACCCAGAUUAGAGGCCAUCAACAAGGCAGAUGGCAGAUUGGUGAGCAUAAGAAAUUUAUAGAAGCUCUUCGAAAAUACGGAAAGGAUUGGGGUAAGGUACAGCAAUAUGUGGGAAGUAGGAGCUCUACUCAGGCACGCUCUCAUGCUCAGAAAUUCUUCCAGAAAAUAUCCAAGAACAACAAUAUUAAGGCUGAUGGCAUUAUGGAUCUCAUCAAUGGGCCUGUAGAGCCUGGCUCAAAAAUUGAGAAAAUGCUAUACGAGUACGAUGAUAGUGCUGAAGACAGAUCUAUGCGAAGAAGUUACAGAGGUGAAAGUCAAAGCCAGAGUAGAAGAGAUUACAGAAGAGAGGAAGAGAAAAAAGACCAAGAGCAUACUCCUGAGAAUAGCGAGCAAAAUAGAAGUGAAUACUCUGGAAGGUACAAACGCUUCGCAGCAGGAAAUGACAAUGUCCCAGAGGAAAGGAUCACCACUAGAAACUAUGAGUACCAACAGAAGCAACCUGUGAGAGAGACACCAGCUCCUAUAUAUGUAAACUAUCAAAAGAAGAUCAAGAAGAAUGAGUACCUUCAGUCAAAGGUGAUUGAGAAGGAAAGAGACUUUUCUAUUCUUGGUAAAUAUGAUGAAGCUGUGAGAAAAGAUCUUGAGAGAGAUCUUAAUACAAUGUCAGUAAUCAUCAUGAAUUACAAUGGUCCAUCAAACCUCACUUCUGAAGAGAAGUUAUACAAAAUGGAACCAAUCGAUAGAAGCAGGAUGAAUGAUAAACAGUACUUGUCUGAUAGAUACAAUGAAAUUCUUGUAAGAAGCAGGAGAAAAGCUGCUGAAUUACUAGAGGUUGACCAGCAAAGGUUCAGAAAUGCAGAGACUCCUCGUAGAAUAACAAAGGAGGGAUAUCUCGUCGAAUUAAAAAUGUUUUCAAAGAAUGGAGGGAUGCAUCAAGGUCAGUAUCAAGAACAAAAGUUGAGUAAUAGCCAACACUACAUGAAAAAUGGCAGCGCUGAGGGGGGAGGCAUCUACCUCUUGUACAACAAUCAAGGGAAUAAUGGAAAGCCUCAGGGAAGGCAAGUGCCAAUAACCAAGCAGAAUGUUCAACACGAUUUUGCUGAACCUUAUACUAAUGACAUGAGGAUGAUGAAGUCUUACAGUUAUCCACAAGACAUCAGAGAAGACCCACUGGAGCACAGACAAGACCAUGUUUGGGGAGAAGAAGAUAACUUUGAGCAAGACUUCCUCUGUAAUAGAAAUGAAAACUGGCAUCCUCUGGAAGAGCAAAGAAACACUGAUAUGAUGAACAGGAGCAACAGCUUAAAUCCUUCUGGGUUUAUGAACAACCAAGGCUUAGGUAAUCUAGAGGGUGAAUAUGGCAGUGGUAUGCCCUUCGGAGGCAACUAUCCUCUCCCAAGCAUGAACCAAAUAGAAUCUAUGACUAAGAACAACAAUUAUGAUGACUACCAACAGUAUCAUAAUGAGUAA